UUUUAAUAGAAUAAUGGCAUACAAAGCACCGAAAAUGACGUGUUAUAGUACUAGUAAAGCAGCAGAUUAUCGUACUGUUAGUACAGUCUGUACAAAAAAUGAUGGAGACAGUUAUUUAAUCACUGUGAAUAAGUUAUUAUCUUUAUCACCUGGUAAACAUACGAAAUAUUUUAUAAAAAAGAAUGAUAAAUUUAGAGAAAAAAGAACAGAAAAAGCAAACUUAAUUAGUUCGAAAUUACGUCGAAUCUUUUUAGCUAAAAAGAGAGAAGCCGAGAGAAGAGCAAAAGAGAGAUCAGAAGGAAUUCAGUAUAAAUCAAAUUGUGAAACUUCGGGAUUCCAAAAAACUGCAGAUAUUCUACAAAUCGCUGCAAAAUUUGAAGAAUAUACAUUUAAUGUGUAUCUAAAUCCUUCACAAUCCUUCACUAUGGAUGAUGAAGCAUCCAAAGUCAUAGGAUUAAAAAAUAUAUUUGGAAAGAUAUAUUUAAAUGACAAGCAAGUUUCUUCAAUUCUUCCAAAAGAAGCUUUACAAGCAUUUCAAAAAUUUUUAAAUUUGUCACAGAAACCAUGCAUUCUUGUUGCUCAUAAUGCACGAUUUGAUUCUGGUCAUCUACUUCGUGCUAUUAUUAAUAACAAUAUGAUUGAAAGUUUUAAAAACAUUGCUGGAAUUAGUGAUUCUUUAUCUUUAUUU